AUGGAAAAGGGCUAUAUCCGGAAGAUUUUAAGUCCUUGUGCUGUGACUGUGCUCUUAGUUCCCAAGAAAGAUGGGACAUGGAGAAUGUGUGUGGACUGCCGAGCCAUAAACAACAUCACCAUCAAGUAUAGGCACCCCAUACAUCGUCUUGACGACAUGCUUGACGAGCUAAGUGGUUCUACUCUCUUUUGUAAAGUUGAUUUGAAGAGUGGCUACCAUCAGGUCCGAAUGCGUGAAGGAGAUGAGUGGAAAACCGCAUUCAAAACCAACAAGGUUCUUCGUGCUUACAUAAGUAAAUUUGUUGUUGUUUACUUUGAUGACAUACUUAUAUACAGUAAGAACCUUAAUGAUCACCUCAAGCAUCUUGAACUAGUGCUCAAAUCACUUCGCAAGGAAGGCCUAUAUGCUAACCUUAAGAAGUGCACCUUCUGUACUAAUGAGCUUGUUUUCUUAGGCUUUGUAGUGAGUGAACAGGGGCUAAGAGUAGAUGAGGAGAAGAUCAAGGCUCUCAAGGAGUGGCCUACCCCAACUACAAUUGGUCAUGUGAGAAGCUUUCACGGAUUGGCAAGCUUCUAUAGGACGUUUGUGAGAGACUUUAGCACUGUAGCUGCACCACUCACUGCCGUGAUCAAGAAGAACGUACCUUUCUCUUGGGGAUCAGCUCAAGAAGCCGCCUUCAAGAUACUUAAGGAGCGGUUAACAGAAGCACCGGUUCUUGCCUUGCCAGAUUUCGAUGAGAUGUUUAAAGUGGAGUGUGAUGCUUUUGUGGAGCUACGCUCAACUACCCCCACUUAUGACAAGUUGUCGUAUGCCUUGGUCCGAGCCUUGGAGACAUGGCAACACUACCUUCGGUCUAAGGAGUUCAUCAUUCACACUGAUCAUGAAACUCUGAAGCACUUGAGAGGCCAGACGUCGCUCAAGAGGAGGCAUGCUAAGUGGCUGGAGUUCAUUGAGACCUUCCCUUAUGUGAUCAAGUACAAGAAGGGAAAGGAGAACGUUGUAGCUGAUGCCUUAUCCAGGAGACAUGUGCUGAUUGCUACCAUGGAGGCUAAGGUGCUCGGGUUUGAGCACAUCAAGGAGCUAUACAAGGAGGAUCCGGAGCUUGGAGAAGCUUACCAGGCGUGUACAAAGGGAGCAUUUGGUCCUUUUUACUUACAUGAUGGUUUUCUUUUCAGGGAUAAGCGCUUGUGCAUUCCUCAAGGCUAA